GUGUACAGUACGACGAUGCUGCCGGCACCGCUAAUGCUGCUCGCGGUCUCGAGCUCCGUCUCGGUCGUCGCGUGCGUGAGCAUGAUGGUGUGCUUUGUGCUCUUUGAAGAAUCGCGCCGGUGCGGCCGCCGCAUCCUCUUCUACCUCCACGCCACCGACCUUCUCGGUGCCGUUCUAUGGCUAUUGACGCUCCUGCCCGACAUCGCGUCGCCGCCGACGCCUAUUUUGUCGACGCCGUGGACGUGCUACGUGCAGGGUUAUGGACUGCAGUUUUGCGUGCUCUCGUCGUACCUCUGGACGACUUGCUUUGCCUUCCACUUGUACCAAAUCCUCGUCAAGGCCAACAAGACGCCCGAGAUGUACGAGUGGCGCUACGUGUUGCUCGCGUGGGGGGCCCCGCUCCUCAUUGUCCUUAUGUUUAUGAGCCAGCAACUCUGUGGGUUUGAACUCAUUGGGUUUGGCGGGCUACCAUGGUGCUGGGUCCGCUCGUGGAGCGACGACCAGUGGGUCCUCGACGGCUACGUACUUCAAAUGCUCUUCUUUUACGGCCCGAUCACGAUGGCGUUGGCGGUCAACACGGCGCUCUUCCUCACCGUCGCCACCAAGCUGGGGCGGUCGACCGUCAUGUCGACGGGCAUGGAAGAAAAAAUACGGUGGCGCAUGAUGGCCUACAUCGGGAUCUUCGUCCUCACGUGUGCCUGGGGCGGCCUCGGCCGAACGUUCCAGGUGAUUUCCCCCGAGCACGAGAUCAGCCCCGUCUUCUUGGCGCUCACGGCGUUCUUUGCACCGCUGCAGGGUGCACUCAACUGCGUCACGUACGGUCUCAACAAGCUGGUGGUUCCUGUACCGCUAGCAUCUCGUUGCUGAUCUCUGUGCAUUUAGCUCCGCGAGCGCUUUGUGUCGGCUCUUCGGCAGUGGCGACAGCGCAGCGGCGGUAAAGGCGCUGGUUUGCCCGAGAAGCGCACGCUGGUCCACAGCCCCAAGCGCCUUCGAAGAACAUGAUGUGUUGCAGGCCUGCGACGUUUGUGUGUCGGCGUCAUGUUAACACUGGCGCGAUUCGGUGGAUUGUCAAUAAAGUGUACUGUUCCGGUCG